GCAGUACCUUUCUAUUCUACCAUGUACAGUGUAUGACACAAGCAACCAAUGGGACCUCAGAGGAAAAGCUUCCAGGACACAGAUUCGAAGACAGCAGCGAAUUAAAAAAUGAAAACAAAACAGACCUCAUGCAGAAAUGUUGUUGAUGAAAGACGAUUAAGAACUGCUUGCUCCCAAAACGACUUUGUUACAGUUGUAGAGCUGUUAGAUGGUGGGGCUGACCCAUCAUGCUGUGACGAGAAGAAAAGAACGCCAUUACAUCUGUCUGCAUCCCAGGGAUAUGAGGCAAUAGUGAAAGUGUUGAUAGACAGAGGUGCAGACCCAAACAAGAAAGACUUUAUUGGCAAUACUCCACUUCAUUUAGCCACCUGUACUUGUCAGGUUCCCAUAGUGACCCUGCUGUUGAAAGCUGGUACAGAUCUGAACUUGGUUGACGAGUAUGGGAGAAGCCCACUUACAUUAGCUAAGUCACGUCUCAAAAUGCUUGGGGAAAAUGCCAGCUUUAACAGUGACAAAAUGAAGACAGAAAUACUACAGAUAUCGGACAUGAUGCGUACCUACCUCAGUUUGUCAGGCUGUCAAUCGGAGGCUGAACAACUGGAUGAGCUGUGUUCAAAACUGUCAAAUGUCACAACAAGAGAGGAGGUCGAUCAAGUGAACACACUCUUGUCAGACUUUGCGUCCAUGCGGAUUGAAAAGAACAAAACAUAAAAGUGGCUCAGUUUAUCUUCAGAGUGGCUCAUGUGUAACUUUCGGGUAUGGCUCAAGAACAAAAUUGACCAAUGCUCGUUCAGAAAUUGAGAUCUACCUGUCAAAAAAAGAUACUUGGUCAUAUAAAUAUUGAGUGGUAAAAAUUAUGAGAGUGGGAAAUUAAGUUUGGCAUAUACGACUAAUCAGUUAAGCUCCCAUAAAAUUCAAAUGUAGAUAACAUCUGAUUUUUGUAGCAGCUGAUCAUGCACAAUUAACAUUCAGAAUAUUUUAUUAAACCAUAAUGCAUAGUGGGCCUAUCCAACCUAGCUUAAAUAGUGACAAACUUUUAUAUGGGAAUUAUCCCAGGUGAUGCUUUCAUGACGCACCCUCAACCAUGUCACUAUAAAAGCUAAUUCAUGUAAUGCUUAUACAUUCAAGAAAUUCAAAGGCCUGUCAAUUAAGCGCAGUGGUCAGUACAAGUGCUUGGUACACGUGUUUCACGCCUAGGCUACCCACGCUCAAUACUCUUUCCCGGAAUCACGUGAGUUUGGUUCGUGGUCUCAAUGUUAAUGAGUCUAGUGAGUUAAUUAGGCUUGAGUGCUGGGACACACUCUGAGUCCCCACAUAAUGCAGCCUUAAGCGCAGAAAAACCUCAUUCUCUUCGAAAUACACACCGGAAAGUGUCUCGUGCACAUCACCGUACUGUAUCGUCUGAUAUUGUUUAGAUUGUUACGGUGUACAUGUAGACCAUACCUUAUACAGCGUACGCUUGCUAGUAAAUGAGAACAUUCACCUCUUGAUAUAUGUGGAUGAUUUAUUUUUCUGAUUAUGAAUAAAACUUUAUAGUGUCUGCUCUUAGAAA